UCAGUAUGAGUAGCGUAUGCAUGCACUUUUAUUAGUUAAAUUGGUGUGGUUGUGAAGUUGUGAAUUAUUGUGUAAAAUUUAAAAAUAUUGAAACGGUGAACAUCGAGUAAGCUACACGAAUUACUAAACAAGACUUAUUCAGCUCCAGUCUACCUUAGUUGUACGCUAUGUCCCUGGUCGGAGGAACCGAUAUCUGUAGCGACGUAAAAAUCUAUCAUUGACAGCUAGGAAUUUUGUCCCAUAGCUAGCUGCAAGACCGUUUUCCAAAGGGGAGUAUCGGGCUGUAAAAUUGUAGUAUUUAUCUCUCUAUAAAAACAGAUCACUAUCGUUGUGUGCUACGACUCAUAGCUACGUUAUGGAAAUUUGGAAUAUGUCUGCAAUUUCGGCAAUUCCUUUGCGCUUUAGCCAGUUUAGCCUACAAUAUGGAGGGAUGAUAGGAAAGCAACCUAAAAUGGCGUAUGGAGGGAUCCUUUCAAAUAGAAUUUUCUAUGCGCUUCGGGUGUCGUUCUUGUCGUUUCAUGGAGAAUUACUUCAUCGAAAGACGAACGUACAUAAUGUCUAUCUUGAGCGCGUCUAAUUUCACUUUGAUGUUUUGCCUUUUGAAGAAAAUGGACUGUGUCGAUAUUGUGUGAAACAUCUGGAAUCUGUCACCAAGCCUGUCGCGCUGUUGCAGCUGGUAUUGUACUUAAGGGGGGGGGGGUCUGUUCAUUUAGCCUAUGGAUUAUAUAACAGUGUCACACUAUAGGCUAUUGUCGUUUAUUACGGACGUAAACAAGAAACGAAAGACACAUUUGGCUUGCUAGUUUAUCGGCUUGCUGUUUUUCUGGAAAACAUUUAUUUUACAUGCAACGUUCAGAAAAGGGUGGGCUGGAAGAAGGAAUGGCGAUACGCGGUACUUUUCACGCUUUCUUACUGGCCAUGACACCAAGGAGCCUGAGCAGCUCCGGAAACUAUUCAUCGGGGGCCUGAGCUUUGAAACGACAGAUGAGAGUCUGAGGAGCCACUUUGAGCAAUGGGGAAAGCUAACCGAUUGUGUGGUCAUGCGGGACCCUGCGAAUAAACGUUCACGAGGGUUUGGUUUCGUGACGUAUUCCUGCGUGUCGGAGGUGGAUGCUGCUAUGGCGGCCCGCCCUCAUAAGGUGGACGGGCGUGUCGUAGAGCCCAAAAGAGCAGUUUCCAGAGAGGAUUCCUCUAAGCCAGGAGCCCACUUGACAGUGAAAAAGAUCUUUGUAGGAGGGAUCAAGGAAGACACAGAGGAGUACCACCUGAGAGAGUAUUUUCAGACCUAUGGGAAGAUUGAAAGCAUUGAAGUGAUGGAGGAGCGCCAAACCGGGAAGAAGAGGGGCUUUUGUUUUGUCACUUUUGACGAUCAUGACACGGUGGACAAAAUCGUCGCACAGAAAUACCACACAAUAAACUCUCAUAACUGUGAGGUCAGGAAAGCGCUUUCCAAACAGGAAAUGCAGGCAGCAUCCAAUCAGAGGAAUCUCUCUACAGAAAUGACUCCGAGACCAUCCGUACUGCGCUAUAGGGGCGGAGGUUCAGGAAACUUCAUGGGCAGAGGCGGAAAUUUCGGUGGGGGAAACUUUGGCCGCGGAGGCAACUUUUCUGGUGGAUAUGGAGGAGGCAGAGGAGGUUAUGGUGAUGGUGGCGGCUACAAUGGAUUUGGUGGAGAUGGAAACUACGGUGGGGGACCUGGCUAUGGUGGAGGCCGUGGUGGGUAUGGAGGAGGCGGUGGUCCUGGGUAUGGAAACCAGGGCGGAGGGUUCGGAGGAUACGAUAACUACAAUGAUGGAGGCAACUUUGGAGGCAACUUUGGUGGCGGUGGUGGAGGAAACUAUAAUGACUUUGGGAACUAUGGUGGACAGCAGUCCAACUACGGCCCCAUGAAGGGAAACAGCUUUGGCGGGAGGAACUCGGGCGGGCCCUAUGGCGGUGGCUAUGGCUCUAGUGGUGGAAGCGGGGGUGGCUACGGUUCCCGGCGAUAUUAAUUUUUUUCUGUCAUUGAUUUGGCUACAGUUCUUAGCAGGAGAGGAUGUGAGCAGAGGAGUGGUCAGGAAAGCUGCAGGUUACUUUUUCAGGCAGUCGUCUGAGGGCUUUAGAGGAACACUGAAGGAGCCAGGAGCCCUAGUCAGAAAAAAGUUACCGCAGCUUAAACAGGAGCCCGGAUAAGGACUGAAUCCACUAGCUACAGAGUGCAAGUGUAGCUACUGAGUGAAGAAACAGUGUCUGUUAGAUGUACAUUCCUGAGGUCUUACUUGUUUCUAGAUCCCCCCUCCCUUUUCUCUUUCAUUUUUUUGCAUCAAAAAAGAAUUGCCCAUGUAUAUUGUGUUAGUGGUAUCAGGAAUAAAAACAAGGAACUCUUUUUAACUGACCAUGUGUAGUCAGUUCUUGAAAUGAGUCAUAAGGUGUUUUUUUGUUGUUGUUUUGGAGAUUGUUGUUAGUUUUGCAUGACUGCACCAUUAUGUUACUUUAAAAUUGAAAUUGAGUUCCGUAAAGAUAUGAGAAAAAAGGGCAGCAGAUUCACUGCAAGAUGUCCAUCUAUUCUUUUUGAAUAUCAAAGUAUUUAGUAAAUUAUUGUGUUUUUUAAUAUCAAGUGAAUCCUAAUUUGUAUUAUAAGUGCUAUGUGUGAUCCUUUUGAUUAGUGUAACACUUGACCAAACCUGAGUCAAAGCAGUCUAGAUGGUAUUUGGCUUCAUAUAAGGGCAUGUAAUCCACACAUGUAUAAAUAGAAUUCUAGAUUGUUAAAUAUUUUGACAAGUGAAAUCCAGAUUUAAUAAAGUUGUCUAGUAAAUUCC